AAGAAGAAGAAGAAGAAGACGAAGAGAAACCGGAAACGGGAAGAAGCUUUUCAGUAAAGAGCUACAAUGGAGGCUGCUGUGUUUGUCCUGUCCCUUGUAGACUGCUGUGCGCUGAUUUUUCUUUCAGUAUACUUUAUUAUUACUCUGUCUGAUCUAGAAUGUGACUACAUUAAUGCUCGAGCAUGCUGCUCCAAACUUAACAAAUGGGUUAUUCCAGAGAUGGUUGGCCAAUGUCUGUCAAUGAUGCUCAUGUUGGUCUCCAUGCACUGGUUCAUUUUUGUUCUCAACAUGCCUGUAGCAGCUUGGAACAUUUACAGGUAUGUGAAGAUUCCUAUGGGAAAUAUGGGUGUGUUUGAUCCAACUGAGAUCCACAACCGGGGUCUACUCAAGUCGUACAUGAAAGAGGCCAUGAUUAAAUUAGGAUACCACCUACUCUGCUUCUUCAUUUACUUGUACAGCUUGAUUCUGGCUCUGAUCAAUGACUGAGGCCCUCAACAGACUGACCACCUUGACAGCUGUGCCAUUUGGAUGAAAUAUCUCAGAACACUAUUCAUUUGUGUUAUCAGGAUCUAGAGUGUGUAGAUUGCUACGGUUAUGUGGUUAAUAUUUAACCAUUCACUGUUUGGGAAUGAGGACCUUCACACUUUUGUGAAAAUGACACAUUUUCACUGUACAUUUGGGUAUGUUGUCUUUGUCUAUCUUUUGAAGUAGCUGAAACAAAAAAACCUAAAACGUAGUAAUUACAAAGUAUUAUUAAUACUUAUUGCAAAAGACUUGGUUUAUGUACUUUCAUUUGCAUAGUGAGCAAACUGUAGGAGAAAUAACCAAGCUUACUGGGAAAAAUCUUCAGUGAUCACAGUUACUGCAAGUAGAAACUGUUGAAUAUCUAACUUUAUUUGCAGCAAACUCAUUUCAAUGUGAGGUACAGUCUACUGUAAGUGUGCGGAUCUGAAGGAAAAAUAAUUCCUUUGGGAAUCUGGUUAUAAGCCUGGAUCAAUAAUUUGUAGGGUAGGAUUAGGGUUUUUAUUGUUUUGUUUAAAAAUGUAUGCAUAUAAAACAAAAACAUUUUUAUGGAGAAACUGAAUUCAUAAAGUAAUGAAAUGGCACUCAGUAAUGCCUUAGUUUAUUUGGUCUUUGCCUAUUUUAGGAACUUGAAUUUCUCAUCAGAGGCCAUUGAUGAUAAAACAAGAUGACUUUUUUUAUGAUAUAAAAUAUUAAUUUAAAAGUUGUCCACAUUUCUUUUGUGUUAAAAUGGAAUCAUUUAGUUAACAUAAAAUCUUUGGCAAAGGCAAAUAUCCAUGUUUUUUAUAUUCCUGGACACACUUAAGUCUACUACAUUACUAAAUUGGCAUUAGUUUCCCCCGUGCAACUUGCUUUGAAAGAAGAACGUGCUUCGUUAAAGGUGCAAGCUUACAUGAAUGCUGUAAAUAUAGAGUAUCCCUUAAUAUCAAUUAGAUAUAUGACAGUGUUAAAAUAUUUUCAUAAAGAUAUCAAAAUCCUUCUAUUAAAGCACCAUAUAAAAUCAAAGAUCAUAGAUUGUAUCUGAUUAAUAUAUACGCGAUAGGAGAUUGCUCUGUCCACCAUUCUACAAAUCAGUUUAUUGUGAGAUUGAUAAGUUUUGCAGAAUUUCACAUUGUCACGACUGUUGCUGUGAUUAACAUUUAGUUUUACAUUCUCUGUCCAAUUUCUGUUGUAAAGCUGUUAUGGGCUUGUUUCUUAAACUUAGUCAAAAUAUUAGUGGCGUGUAUACAGAGCCUGUUGAUUAUCAUCUUUCAAUCUGACUGUAGUUUUCAUACAGCUUUCAUUACUACUGGCUAAUUGUGUGCUUGGGCAAAAAAGAUAAACUAAAAUCACAUAACUACUUUUUUUUAUUUCUAGUGUGUGCUGAGAACAUUAAACAAAUAAGCAGAGACCUCAUUCAUUGUUUUGUUCUGCUUAAUAUUUUUAAGGCAUGAAGCAAUAGCAAUCUAAUGAAUAUUUGGAAUUUGCAAGGAACAUUUUAAUUUCUGGAUCCAAAAUGCUUUCUUUAAAUGUCUAAGUGAGCUUAUUCUAUUUGUUACACUUGCAAGUGUUGAUCUUAAAUACUGACAUCAUCGACCAUCAUAUGAUAACUAGUCCUGGUCUGAGAGCUUUUGCACUGACCCAUCUGACCCAUGAUUAAUCAAAACUCUUUGACAAACCACAGGUUACAUUUUCAGAGCUCCCCCAGUGAUGCCAUAUGAUUUUAAAAUCUUGUGUUUUUGUGCCGUAAGGUUUUUAAAUCUUAAAAACCUUUUACUGACCGGUGAAGCUAUACCAUCUGUUUCAAAAUUAAAUUAGCAAAGUUUUAUUUUGUAAAGCAAGCUUUUCAAUCCUAAGAAAGAAUCACUCCUGGUUAGCUGGCUAUGGAGAACAUUUCAGAAUGUGUGUAAAUGUACUGACCUAUAAAAACUUGAGCAGAUUUUAAUUUGCUUUAUGCAAUAUCAAAUAUCCUGCAAUACGAGUACUGUGUAUUGCACUCUGGUGCUCAGAUUUUGUAUCAUACUCAGCCAAUAUUUGCCAUUGUGUUUGAAAAUCUUUGCGAAAUCAACAAGUGAACAAGUUUUUUGUCUGAUUUACACUGUCCAUGCAGUGUAUUGAGAUUAAUUCAAUAAAAAACUGACCUAAUGUG